GGGGCGGGGCGCGCUCGGGGCGGGGAGACCCUCCCCCCGCCGCGGCCCGAGCGGUGGGCGACGUUUGUUUGCUUGUUUGUUGGUAAGCUUUGCUUCCUCAGAAGUUCUCCUCACCCCCAAACAGAAGAAAUGUGGAAGGGCCAAGUUUCACUAAGCGCCCUUCUUCACCGCGUCAAAACAAGUGUCUGCUCGGACUCGCUGAAAAUUAUUCUUCUAGAAGUCCACAGAAUUGUCUCCAGGCAAUUGUGGAGAAAGUUGGGAGAAAGAGGAGAGUAAUUGGUAUUUCUUGUCGGAACGUCAAAAAUGGAAAAGACUAAGCUUCGUGGAGUGCUACUUUCAUGCCUAAGAAAGUUAUUUAUCGUGGUUGUGUUAUGUAUGAAAAUGAACUGAGAAAGAAUAUUUAAUACGGAAAUUACACAUUGAAAUUGGACGGAGAGAGGUGAGGGAAAAUAGAGUAAGAAAAAAGUAUUUUGCUAGGAUUUUGGUGGUACAAGCUGCAAAUCAUGUCAAGGUUCAGAACUAUUUUAACAAUUAGUUUGAGCCAUUCCCCUUUUGUUAUUUUGUAAAUCUUAUUAACAGAAAUACUAUAAAAUCCUAUUCAACAUCAGACACAAACUUCUAAUGGUUCACCAGUAUCCACAAGACCAUAUCUAAAAUCCAGACUAACUUUCCAGAACCAUUAUAGUAUCAUUCUGGCCUGUGAAAUACAAGGGCGUGUUAGAACAGUGAUACUGGUAUCUCACUGGCUUAAAGUUUCACUAUUAAUCUUUUCUUUGAAUCUUAAAGACUUUUCAGCCUUCAAGAGAUCUGUAGCAAAAUGCAACUAACAGUUAAUGGCCCUUCAAAAUGGGCCAGAGUCUUGCUGCCCAUAGGAAAGGUAAGCAGGAGAGAGAGUGAGGGAGGUAUCUGGAGAGAAGGCAGUGAAAGGGGCUGGUUAGAAGCCACAGAAAACAAAGUAUACCCUCUUCACAGUUUCAUUCAGAGCCCUCAUGGACCUCACCCUACCCAAUUUCAUCAUUUCCACCACAACCAAGUUGUUGUUGACUCUCUAUCCUUGCCUUUCAGUUCAUUCCUGUUCUUUCUGUCCCAUACCUUCAUCAUCCUCAGGUCCAGCUGAGCCAGAACUUUCCCUGGACUACCAUCUUUCCACCACUCCUGGUCACAUCUUUCCAACCAUUCCCUGGUAUACAACUGAGUGUCUGUUUCAUUGAUUUGGGGACUGAACUGUGCAGUAAAUAAUACGACUGGCUACUGAGGGUGUGUUUGACUUCCUAGCCAGACUGUAAAUGGAGAGAUUAAAGAACGUUAUUCUAUAUUCUUCUUGCACCCCUUACGCUUUUAAUAAGUGGUCCAGUGCUGAUCCUACAAAGAACAUGGAGUUCAACUGAGGCCUUAAUACAUGCCUCAAAAUUACAGAACAAGAUUUACUACUGGUACAGACCAGAAGAAGCAGGUGUUACUACCACUGAAACUUUGCCUUGGAGCUUCAUUUGACCCAGAUAAGAAUUGAGUACUAAGAUUUUGUUUCUGAUACCAAAAAACUUGCAAACUAAUGAGGACCAUAAUAAGGAACUCCAGUAUAAGAUAUGACUCAUUGCUCUUGGUGUAAUCCCCAAGGACCAGAAGCUCUACUUGAAACUCCCCCUGAGGAAACCAGUGCAGAAAAGCUGGAGAGGUAGCCUGACUGGCUACACCCAAUACAUCUGGAAACCUCAUUGGGUCUACGUUCAAAAUAUAUUCAGAAUUCAGGAAGUUUUUAGGCAGAAAGGAAUAUGAGACCAACCACAAACAUGGAUCUAUAUCAAGAAAUGAAGAAUACUGGAAAUGGAAUAAAGGAAGUGCAUUCCCCAGAAAGGAGAAGACAAACUUCAGGAGCUAAGAGGCUUCCACAGUCACAUUUCUACUGCACAGCAGAAUGAGCAUCUGGUUUACAAGUCCAGUAUCUUCUUUGUGAAGAUAUCUAGAGGAGAAGCAGCCAGAGGAGGGAUCUUGGCAGAGAAAGAGGCCUAAAUGGAAGAAAAAGAUGUUACUUUCAGUACAGCAAACACACAAUUGUCUGCUUCAGGAUACUGAAUACGAAGAAAGGGUCUGAUGGAGCUUGGGAGAAGCCACCCUUUGGCGGCAAUGAGCAAAGCGUCUACCAAGGAGGAGAAACCAAGAGAUGGAAAUCUCAAAGAAGGCAGGGAGUGUCCAGGAAGCUAGUACCUCGGUCCGCGGAGUCUCUAACUGGCGACAGAUGGGCCACUUUCUUCUGGCCACAAAGGGGCCGGAAUGGAGCGCUCCGCGGCAUACAAAUGGGCAGGUCACGUGGUUCCUGGCUCUUGGCUGGACUGGGAGGACCAUAUGGCGCAUGCCGGGGAGGAAGAAGAUGGGGCGGGAGUAGGGGUGGGGGAGAGGGGAGCUGGAGUCGGAGGAGGGUGGGAGAGGAUCAGGGCUGACGGCGGGCGGCGAGGAGGAGGGCGGAAGGGAGCGCAAAACCGGGACGCGUGCGCAGGCGCGGGGCGCAUGAACCUGCUCGCGGCUCCGCUCCCAGCCCCGCCCGCGCUCAGCAUCACCAACUCGGCUAUAUAACCUGAGCGCCCGCGCGGCCGGGACACGAGGAAUUCGCCCCACGCAGAAGGCACAGCGUCCAGAGGCCCCAGGGUUAUGAGACCAUCACUGCUCAGGACCUGCUAACAACUACAGGAACCCGAAACAUGACCAAAUCGUACAGCGAGAGUGGGCUGAUGGGGGAGCCUCAGCCCCAGGGUCCUCCAAGCUGGACAGACGAGUGUCUCAGUUCUCAGGACGAGGAGCACGAGACAGACAAAAAGGAGGACGACCUCGAAGCCAUGAACGCAGAAGAGGACUCACUGAGGAACGGGGGAGAGGAGGAGGAGGAAGACGAGGACCUGGAAGAGGAGGAAGAAGAGGAAGAGGAGGACGAUGAUCAAAAGCCUAAGAGACGCGGCCCCAAAAAGAAGAAGAUGACCAAGGCUCGCCUGGAGCGUUUUAAGCUGAGACGCAUGAAGGCCAAUGCCCGGGAGCGGAACCGCAUGCACGGGCUGAACGCUGCGCUGGACAACCUGCGCAAGGUGGUGCCCUGCUACUCCAAGACGCAGAAGCUAUCCAAAAUCGAGACACUGCGCUUGGCCAAGAACUACAUCUGGGCUCUGUCGGAGAUCUUGCGUUCCGGCAAAAGCCCUGACCUGGUCUCCUUCGUACAGACGCUCUGCAAGGGCUUAUCUCAGCCCACCACCAACCUGGUUGCCGGCUGCCUGCAGCUCAAUCCUCGGACUUUUCUGCCUGAGCAGAACCAGGACAUGCCUCCGCACCUGCCGACGGCCAGCGCUUCUUUCCCUGUUCACCCCUACUCCUACCAGUCCCCGGGGCUGCCCAGCCCUCCCUACGGCACCAUGGACAGCUCCCACGUCUUCCACGUCAAGCCGCCGCCGCACGCCUACAGCGCCGCGCUAGAGCCCUUCUUUGAGAGUCCCCUGACUGAUUGUACCAGCCCUUCCUUUGACGGACCCCUCAGCCCGCCGCUCAGCAUCAAUGGCAACUUCUCUUUCAAACACGAACCGUCCGCCGAGUUUGAGAAAAAUUAUGCCUUUACCAUGCACUACCCUGCAGCGACCCUGGCAGGGGCCCAAAGCCACGGAUCAAUCUUCUCGGGCGCCGCCGCCCCUCGCUGUGAGAUCCCCAUAGACAAUGUUAUGUCCUUCGAUAGCCAUUCACAUCAUGAGCGAGUCAUGAGUGCCCAGCUCAAUGCCAUCUUUCACGAUUAGAGGCACGUCAGUUUCACCAUUCCUGGGAAACGAAUCCACUGUGCUUACAGUGACUGUCGUGUUUACAAAAGGCAGCCCUUUGGGUACUACUGCUGCAAAGUGCAAAUACUCCAAGCUUCAAGUGAUAUAUGUAUUUAUUGUCGUUACUGCCUUUGGAAGAAACAGGGGAUCGAAAUUCCUGUUCACCUUAUGUAUUAUUUUCUAUAGCUCUUCUAUUUUAAAAUAGUACAGUAAAGUUAAAAAAAUACACCACAAAUUUGGUGUAGCUGUAUUCAGAUCAUGUUAAUUAUCUGAUCGGGAUAACAAAAUCACAAGCAAUAAUUAGGAUCUAUGCAAUUUUUAAACUAGUAAUGGGCCAAUUAAAAUAUAUAUAAAUAUAUAUUUUUCAACCAGCAUUUUACUACUUGUUACCUUUCCCAUGCUGAAUUAUUUUGUUGUGAUUUUGUACAGAAUUUUUAAUGACUUUUUAUAAUGUGGAUUUCCUAUUUUAAAACCAUGCAGCUUCAUCAAUUUUUAUACAUAUCAGAAAAGUAGAAUUAUAUCUAAUUUAUACAAAAUAAUUUAACUAAUUUAAACCAGCAGAAAAGUGCUUAGAAAGUUAUUGUGUUGCCUUAGCACUUCUUUCCUCUCUAAUUGUUGAAAAAAAAUUGCACAAUUUGAGCAAUUCAUUUCACUUUAAAGUCUUUUCCUUCCUUAAAAUAAUAACCAGAUCCAUAACUCUGAAGAGAAUGAAUAAAAACAAGAGAUGUAUUCCCUAUCAAAACAUAUCAAUUCAAUACAUUACUUGCACAAGCUUGUAUAUACAUAUUAUAAACAAAUGCCAACAUACCCUUCUUUAAAUCAAAAGCUGCUUGACUAUCACAUACAAUUUGCACUGUUUCGUUUUAGUCUUUUACUCCUUUGCAUUCCAUGAUUUUACAAAGAAUCUGAAGCUAUUGAUGUUUCCAGAAACUAUAAAUGCAUGAUUUUAUACAUAGUCACACAAAUGGUGGUUUGUCAUAUAUUCAUGUAAUGAAUCUCAGCCGAAAUCUAAUCAGGUUGUUAAUGUUGGGACUUAUACCUAUUGUAGUCAAUUAGUACAGUAGCUUAAAUAAAUUCAGGCCAUUUAAUUCAUAAUUAGAACAAUAGCUAUUGCAUGCAAAAUGCGGUCCAGAAUAAGUGCUGUUUGAGAUGUGAUACUGGUACCACUGGAAUCGAUCUGUACUGUAAUCUUGUUUGUAAUUCUGUAUAAUAUGGUGUAAUGCACAAUUUAGAAAACACUCAUCCAGUUGCAAUAAAAUAGUAUUGAAAAUCUGA